AGAAAAAAAGUACAUUUUCUGCUAAUCCAACACUGUCCGCGGUGAUAAUUUGUACACAAUGGGUGGUGUGUCUCGAGAGAAUUUCUAUCUGCAGAUGUGUGCCUGUGCAAUUUCGAAACUCAGACGUGUGAACAUGCCGAAGAAUUUCCCUGUCUGUCGAGUGGGAAAGUAAUUCUCUGUACAAGCUACCGACCCACCAAACUAGUUAGGAUUGAGAUAAUCUAUAAGAGUCAAAUGCUAAUUUUGUUUUUCUCAUUUCUAAUAAACAAUCGCAUCGUUGAUAAAGUGAUUGAGCAGGUGAGAAAUUAUCGUAUAAACUCAUUCGAUCAUCGCGAACAUGUUAACUACAAGGACAAAGGAUUGCGGGGGAUCUUUUUUCUUAACGAGCAGUGUCACGGGAGGUUGAUGUAUGCGGUAUGUAUCAUGUAUGUUAUAUGAAUUUAAGAGAUUCUGGCAAUCAUUUGUGAGAUCUGGACCGGUCCGAUCUGCCCAAGGUCCACGAGAUGAUGAAGUCGUGAAUCAAACGUGAGACGUGGGACGUGGGACGUGGGACGCACGUAGGUAAGGAGACGACCAAUGCAAAAUGGUUCUUCUGUUAUUGCGGUUGGACCCGAGACAGCGAAUUUCCCGCGAAAUAAAACAGAAGAAAGCUUUCUUGUUCUUCUUCUCUGUUCAUCUCGAUCAUAACCCAGUUUUUCUUCUCCUCUCUUCUGCCUCCAAGAACUAACUCUCUCUCUCUCUCUCUCUCAUGCAUGGUCGUUUUCGAAUGGAAUCUGCCCAUCAAAUCUUUUGAGAGGAGGAUUUUUCCUCGACAUUGAAUAAUUCAAAUUUUCAGAUUGCUGCGAGUCACCCGUUGUAAAUCAUCGAGUUAGAGCAAUUUGUUUGAGAUGGCUUGCUGAGAACAUUGUCAAGGCCUGAAUCAUGUGGUGCUGCCGAGGCGCGGAAGAGGAAAGCUAUCGGCCUCCUGCUCAACAGUAUACUGCCCCACCCAGAGGAGGCAAUCCCUAUGUAGGUGGUGAGAGAGGGGAGACGAAGAGCUCCAGUGUCGUCAGAAGUGGAGCUCCGCAAAAGGUUUUGCCCAUCGAAACGCCGGCUUUGCCAUUAAACGAACUGAAUAGGUUGACAGGGAACUUCGGUUCAAAAGCUUUGAUUGGGGAAGGUUCUUAUGGCCGCGUGUUCUACGCGAGGUUAAGUACCGGUCAGGAAGCAGCAGUAAAGAAAUUAGAUACCAGCACUUCACAAGAACCUGACUCAGAAUUCGCAGAGCAGCUGUCGAAUGUUUCAAGGCUCAAGAAUGAACAUUUCGUUGAAUUGAUUGGAUACUGCUUGGAGGCGAAUAACAGAAUCUUGGUGCUUCAGUUUGCUACCAAGGGUUCUCUACACGAUGUCUUACAUGGAAGGAAGGGUGUGCAGGGUGCCGAGCCUGGUCCAGUCCUUACUUGGAAUCAGAGAGUCAAAAUUGCUUAUGGUGCAGCAAAAGGCCUUGAGUAUCUGCACGAAAAGGUUCAGCCUUCUAUUGUUCAUAGGGAUGUCAGAUCCAGCAAUGUCCUGCUCUUCAAUGAUUUUGUCACCAAGAUUGCCGACUUUAACUUGUCAAAUCAGUCUUCGGACACGGCUGCUCGACUGCAUUCCACUAGAGUCUUGGGAACUUUUGGAUACCAUGCUCCAGAAUAUGCAAUGACGGGGCAGAUAACUCAGAAAAGUGAUGUCUACAGUUUUGGAGUUGUUCUACUAGAGCUUUUGACUGGAAGAAAGCCUGUAGACCAUACAAUGCCCAAAGGACAGCAGAGUCUUGUUACUUGGGCUACGCCAAGACUGAGUGAAGACAAAGUGAAACAAUGUGUCGACCCAAAGCUUAAUGAUGACUACCCACCUAAGGCAAUCGCAAAGCUAGCAGCAGUUGCAGCUUUGUGUGUGCAGUAUGAGGCGGAUUUCCGGCCGAACAUGACCAUCGUUGUCAAGGCACUGCAGCCGCUGCUUAAUUCUAAGCCAGCAGGCCCGGACUCUCAUUUGUAGAAUCACUAAUUUAAGCUGAAAUUUGGAAUUUAGAAUUCUGUCAUUUUUUUAAAACUAUUAUCAGUUCCUUUUGAUAAACUCUCAUCUUCCACAUUUGACGUUACUGAGUAUCUAAGCUAUGCAAUUUCCAUUCCUGAGAACUGCCUUAGGAGUUCAUGGUGGUAGCAGCAAUGAGAUUUGUCCGUUAAGGUCACUUCAACUCACUGAUCUUUUUGUAAGGGUGCUAUAUAGAGGCCAAGCAUUCAUCAUCUAAAGUUAAGUUUGAGAAGAAACAGCGAGGAAUUAUUUUCUGACUUA